CUCUGUGUCGGUAUUAGGUGAAUAAAGACGUAAACAAAGAAUACAAAUUUGUUUAAAAAAUCUAAUAUAAGUUUUUAAGAUAAAAGAUACUAUAAAAAUGUCGCUUAAACUAUUAAAGCAAAGUUUAGAAAUAUUAGAUGAAACAGCACACAUUGAUAAAACAGCUAAACACCAUAAAGAGCAAACACUUGCCAAAAAGCAUCACCAACCCGGUUGGAAGGUAGCAAAGGAACAGCGAAGUCACCAGUCAAAUUCGUUGGCUACAAAGCAGAAGAGGAAUAUAGAAGAAGUGCGGAAGGAGCUAAAACCUGAUAAAACUAAAACAGAUAUAAAUUUAAAACGACUCUUAGCUUUAUCACAAAAUACUAUCACGCCAGCUGCUGCAACCAAGAUUUUAAAACGAACCAAAAAAGAUGAUAAAUUGAAGAAACCAAAGAAACCCAAGGAAUUAAAAUCUAUUUUCACGGAGGAAGAUUUCUUGGCUUUUGAAAAAGAAUAUUUUCCAACGAGUAGCUGAACGUUGGCUAGAUUUUAGAAAUUGUUUAUAAGUAAACAAUCAUUUAGUAAUUACAAGAAAAUAUAUAAAAGAAUAUGCAAAUUUACAUUUGUAUACAUAUACACACAUAUAUACAUAUGUACAUGUAAAUAAAAAUUAUGUUUAUU